GCUGCCAGUACACCAAGCUGCCUCACGACCCGCCGCUGCACUCCGUCCAGUGGUACCGAGACAACCAUGAGAUCUUCCGGUACACUCCUCAAGAGUUCGAGACCCGAGUGUUCAACGACACCGGGAUCCUGAUCGUGAACAGCUCGUGCUCCCUGCAGUCCUGCUCCAUCCUGGUGCGUCCGGAGCGAGGGGCUUCGCGGUACACCUGUGAAGUGUCUAGUGAGGGGCCGCGCUUCGCCGUGCACCGACAGUCUACGAACAUGACGCUGGCUGUGCUCCCGGAGUACGACCCGCUGAUCACGGGGCUGCCCACGCUGGUGUACCCCGACGAGGAGGCGGUGGUCAACUGCACGAGCGACCACUCGCUGCCGCCCGCCGAGAUACACUGGUUCGUCGAUGAGAAGCCGCAGGAAGACCCGCUGCUAAGCAGCGGCACGUACGUGUCGCGCGCCGACGGCGACGGGCUGGCGGCGUCGUGGCGCGCUCUACACAUCGUCGCCGACGACUUCGCGACUCACCGCGGCUACCUGUCGCUGAAGUGUCGCGCGACAGUUCGCACGCGGCCGCCGAUCGAGCGCAGCAUGGCUGUGCGGCUGUAUGUCGCGCGACGACCGCACAUAUCCAAGUUUACUGCUAAUACUGCUUCCGGCUGUGGCCAAGUCAUCGUGCAGUGCAGUGCAGUUGCCAGUGUAUUUUGGACGUUAUUCUUACUGUCAAUAAGAACCAAGUGCCUUUGAAUAUUACCGACGUGUGUGUAGUAUAUUCAUAUAAAAGUGUUAAUAUUGUAAGAAUAUUACGUGUAAGAUAUAUCUCAAGUGAAAAAUAUCGAACAUAGGUAGGUAUUAUGAUAAUUUGAACAGUUUAUUUUUUGCGACGCCAUGUUUUCCACCGAACAAAACGUUGAAUGUAAUUAACUUACCUUACUUAACUUACUUAGGUAUGUACUAAACCUUACUUAACGUAGGGUAUGUUUUGAAAACCAAAAAGACUUUAAACAUCUUAUAAGUAACGUCUUCGAUUGAAAUAUCUAAUGAAAAAUCAAUGAACAAACAUGUCACGAGACUCGUACUUAUGUAGGUACAUUAAAUCCUAAGAAUAAAAGUCCAAGUUCCGCUUAAAAUACAAAUUUUACAUCGUGUACAGAAAUAACCUCCUAGUUUUCAGCUAGAUAGUUAAGUAUAAUGGAUUUGCAUCUAUGUCGUCACCUCUAAUAAUAUUCCGCCCUGUACAAACUUGCCGACAUUAUUUUAGAACGACAUGAAAAUUCCAUUUAAAAUCAGGCCGAGAUCAGGACGUGACGUCAUGACGUGGGGACACCGGACUGACAACUUUAGAACGAGUUCAAUGAAAAAUCUAAAUAUUUCUGAUAGGCAUAUUUACAGAGGCUACACUGUUAAAAAUAUUCCAAGCAUAAAAAGAGACUCGGAGCCUCAAGUACGGGUUUUGCAAUUUACUAAUACGAAAAAGGUUUACGAUUUCUUCUAUCACCUGCAUACAUUAUCUGUCAAAAGUUUCAUGAUAGUUUCC